AUGCCGGAGUAUGUUGCAUCAACACCGGCUAUACCAGGUGUUGUCCGAGCUUUAACGUUUGUUGUGGCGACGGCGACAGUAUCUGUUGUCCAUCAUCCAAUCAAUUUUGUUGCAAAAGUAAAAAUUGUUGUGAAACAGGCGGUGAUUGUUGCGACGACGGCACUUGUUGUCCAUACGGCAAAAAAUGUUGCGGAAACGACACAUGUUGUGAAAGAGAGAAAACAUGUUGCGGAACAUUGUGUUGUGCACCAGGUGACAUAUGUAUGGGUCCUGGAAGGUGUUGCAAACCCGGUGAAUCUUGUUGAAGUGACGGAUUGUCCUGAAGGCAUGAGAUGUUGCAGAGAACCAGCUAUAUGUUGUUAG